AUGGGUUCCGCCAGGAGCCUGGUCCGAUCCCUGAGGCGAGGCAACGUUUGCGGGGUGUGCAAGGAGGACUUUCCGAGCAGAUCCGCUCUCUUUAAGCACAUCAAGGCCACUGGCCAUGCCAUGCUGAAGCCAGCGGAAGAAGCACCGAAGGGACGCAAGAAGAAGCGGUAG